CUUAGGUGUCAGUCUGCUAACCGCAUUGUUCCCUUUUUGACUCUUUUUUUGACUCUUAUGCCACCAGGCUCCAGCCCUUACCUUUCAACACCCAGAAGGUUCAGUGUCACACCAAUGGUACACAGGUAUUAUAUCUGCUGUUUUAACUGAGGGAACAUUGUGGAUUACUUUUGAUCACUUUGUAAGGUCGAUGGGAUCAUCACCAUAAGGAAAUAUGAAUCGUCCCUGUGUGAACUGCUUGAAAGGUUUUGUCACCUUCCUCAACUUCAUCUGCUGGUUGUGUGGUGCCUUCAUCGUGGGUUUUGGAGAGUUCCAGAUGAUGCACUCUAGAUUUGGCUCCCUCAUCACAUCCUUCUGGCCCAUAUACCCUGCCAACACCCUGAUAGUCACGGGUACCAUUGUGACGUGUGUAUGUUUCCUGGGAAUCAUGGGGGCCCUGAUGGAAAACCGCUGUAUGCUCAUCACUUUUUUCAUCCUGCUGUUUAUCUUGAUGCUGGUGGAGCUGGCCAUGGCCUGUGUGUUUCUGGUGUACGAGAGGGAGAUUGACAAUUUCUUUGAGAAAGACCUGAUGCGUAGCUUGGAGACAUACAAGAAUUCUACGUCAGAGGGGAACUUAACCAUUAAAGAGGACUUUGAUGUGGUCCAGCAUAUUUUCAGGUGCUGUGGGGUCCACGGCGUGGCAGACUGGGAGGGCAACGUGCCCCUCUCCUGUUGUACCAAAAACCCCUGUAACAUCAUCCCCCAACCUAACUGGCAGGAGGGCUGCCAUAUGAAGCUCAGGAACUGGUUUGCGAGGAACUUUCUAAGCACUGGAGCAGGUGUUGUCUCCCUUUUCAUUCUACAGUUCAUUUGCAUGUGUUUCACCAUCCCCAUCUUCUGCCAGUUCAGUCGUAAUGGAUAUGGUUACAAGUGAAAGGAGAACCCAUGACUUUCAACUGGCUUAUUACGCAAUACAGGAUCUCAUUAACAGGAGACAAAAUAACAAUAGAUUUAAUUUAUGUAGAGCUUUUUAAUACAUGAAAAUUCUCAAAGAUGUAUUGAUGUCCUAUGUGGCUCAGUUGGUAGAGCACGGCCCUCGCAAAGCCAGGAUUGUGUGUUUGAUUCCCACGGGAGAGCAUUGCGAGGCACUCACUGUGAGUCGCUCUGGAUAAUAGCGUCAGCUAAAUGACUAAAAUGUAGAUGUAAUAAGGAUAUCGUUUUCCUUCACAUGUUUAGUUUUUGUUUGAUUGUUUAUUUAAGCAAUAAGGCCUGAGGAGGUGUGAUAUAUGGCAAAGGGCUUUCUAUGCAGGACGCAACACGGAGUACCUUAUUGCUUUCAUUAACUGGUUACCAACGUUAAUUAGAACAGUAAAAAUAAAUGCUUUGUCAUACCCGUGGUAUAUGAUCUGAUAUACAACGGCUGUCAGCCAAUCAGCACUCAGGGCUCGAAUUCCUUCACCCAGUAUAUAAUUAAUCAAAAAGGCAUGAGGGGGUGUGAUAUAUGGCCAGUAUACCACGGCUAAGGGCUGUUCUUAUGCACGACUCAACGCAGAGUAAUUAUAAACUGGGUGGUUCGAGCCCAGAAUGCUGAUUGUCUGACAGCUGCGGUAUAUCAGACUGUAUACCACGGGUACAUGUAUUUUUACUGCUCUAAUUACGUUGGUAACCAGUUUAUAAUAGCGACAAGGCCCCUCGGGGGUUUAUAUUUGACCUUUCUGAGAGAAGUAAUGUUAUGAGUAGUAGUACUUAGCAUAUGACCAAGUAUCUAACAAAAUAGAUUGGCAAGAACAGUUGCUAUUGACACUUUUGAGUAAUUUGAGCACAGGAGGUUGCUGGCACCUUAAUUGAGGACGACGGGCUCAUGGUAAUGGCUGGAGCGGAAUUAGUGGAAUGGUAUCAAAUACAUCAAACGCACAGUUUACAUGUGUUUGAUGCCAUUCCAUUUGCUCCGUUUCGCCCAUUAUUAUGAGCCGUCCUUCCCUCAGCAGCCUCCUGUGAAUUUGCGCUAUCGUUCUGUAUUUUUGUGUUUUAAUUUCAUUCUGGAUGAAUUGCACCUUAGAGACUAAUAUGUAUGUAUGUUAUUGUGAUUGUUUCAAAACCACAGGUAAAUUAACAUUAAUCAACUGGAUUCUUGACUGCUCAUACCUGUCUAUUAAACCAUAGAUUCGCAAUAAAAAUGUGGAUGUGCAUAACA